CGACUGCCGUUUGCACUUUGUGUAAUUGUGUUUGGGCUGGCCUUGGAAAACACAGAGAGAGUCGAGCAGCAAUGAGCUCCACCGCAAUUCGAGCUUCUUCCUUUACGCUCUUCAGCUCUCUAUCCAAAACCACAAACCUCAGAAACGGGGAAAGUCCAUCGCUUGGACCUGCGAGAUGCGUCUUAGUGACUAUGAGCAGCAGAGGCAAGAACCGGAAACCGUUGCAGAAGGGGAGGAACCCCAGCAUCGAAGCAAUUCAAGCGGUGCAGGCCUUGAAGCGAGCCCAGAAAGAUAAGCAUACGUUGGACCGAGUGUUUCAUUCCAAGUUCAAGCGCCUACUCAAGCUCGAUAUGAUGGCCGUUCUUCGCGAACUUCUCCGCCAGAACCAAUGCGUCUUGGCCCUCAAGGUUUUCGAAGACAUUCGGAGGGAAUUCUGGUAUAAGCCUCAAGUCUCAGUUUAUGCUGAUAUGGUUACCGUAUUGGCUAGCAAUGGAUUGGUUGAACAUGUUGAACUUCUCAUUCAAUCAUAUUUGAAAAUAGAAGCUGUCGACUUAGGGCCCGAGAUCGAGGGCUUUAAUGCUCUCUUCAAAGCCUUGUUAAGUAGUAAUAACACCAAGCUUGCAAUGGAAUGCUACUGUCUGAUGAAACAAGCUGGAUGUGAACCAGAUAAGUCAUCCUUUAAGAUACUCAUAACCGGCUUAGAGUCAAGGGGAGAAACAGGUCCUUCGCUUACAAUAAGGCAGGAUGCUCAAAUGUACUUCGGCGAAUCUCUGGAGUUUCUGGACGAGGAGGAAGAGAUGAUGACACAACAAGUACUGAGUGAAUCACUUGAUUCACUUCCAAAGACAACCUAAGUCGUAAAGCGAGGAUUGCUUGUCUAAGCCAGGAUAAGUAUAAACACGGUUACUUUCUAAUAAUUGCACAUUCCAUCUACAAUGAUGCUUUCUGCCAAGAAAUUAUAAAGAGACAAAAAUGGGGGACCUUGUUUUCCCAAAAUUUUCAACUUUGUUUUACAACUGUCUACCCAAUUCUUGACUGUGAACUCAACAUGGUGGGAUAGCUGGGAAUGUUGAGGGGCAAGAGAAUAGAGAUGUAUGUGACCAGCUGCAAACAUGUGGUUACAUCCUCAAUACUUAUGAACUCAGGAUUAAGACUUAAAAAGUUUCAGGUUGCAAGCCAUAUUCCAGAAAUGAAGCAAUGAAAUCUUCCAACUUCCAAAUUUGAGUUCAGAAGCUUCUAUUACUUGAAUUGUUUCCCUUCAAAUGUCUGACCGAACUGCCAGUUUGGCGGAGCAACAUUAUAAGAUGCGAGUGUUCUUCCGCUACUGGCGGUCACCUCAAAAGAUAUAGGCUGCCCCUUGAGAUUCACAUUGCAUUGCCAGUUUUGUCCCCAAUUUCUUCCCAUGGGUAUCCAUCCUGUUUUUGAUCCUUUCACUUUCACAGCUACCACUUCACCAUCCAAACCCACGUUGGCAAUUAGAACUUGAAAGAAGCGUGAAUCCCCCUGUAGAUUGAAUCUCAGUCCACCACUUCUUUCACACUUCACCCUACAUAAAAUUUGUCAUAACAAUGUUUCCCUUAAUCUAGAAAACACAAACUACCCCAGUGAGAAUUCUACUUUUAACUUUGAUAUGUUACCUCCUGUACUGCACUGGAACAAUAUCGGCUCUUCUCUCAGCAAUUUCAGCAAAUGCAGCCUCUGACAUCUCAAAGUGUUCUUUGGGGAAAUUGCACCAGCCACCAUAAUCGGCUGCCAGUCCAUUGUUCGGAGGGCAGAAAUCUGUGGCAGUGAGAAUAAUGGAUGGACUCCCUUGCAGGCACCACAAUAUGUGGUCAACACAUCUCACCUCGUAACAAGCUCCACAAGUGCUCCCCCUGUUGAACAAAAUGGUGCUUAAGCCAGCACUGUACUUCCCAUAGCUAAUCUUGUGGAGGUCCCCAUAGCCACAAGCCCCUUCUGCAACGUCGUUAAAUGUGGCAGUCUUCCAUUCUUCAUCCUCGGCGCCAUUAAUCUCGCAUGAUAUCAGUAGAACCAAGAAGAAAACUGUGGCUUGAAGCGCAUCCAUUUACACUAUCAAGAUUUGAGGCGAAGGGUACCUCUGUUUUCUUUUUGUUUCUUUUGGGGCUUGUAGCCGAAACGAGGGGGUAAAGAAAGCGCGCCUUUUGUUUGGUAGAGAAUGACUUUAAUCUCCUUGGUGCGGUGCAGUGAAGGAUGGCUGAUGGCGGAUUAGAAACCUUGAAAAAAGUGACAACUUUGACAAAGAGUUCACAUUGUGGGAACUUCAGCAGGGCGAAAACGAAGGGAUUCUUGUUGGUCUAUAUAAUACAAAAGAGGGAUAUGCUUUAUGAACUCUUUUUCCUUGUAUCUUUUGUUCUUUUCAGCGGGGAAUGGAGACUUGAAAAUGCUUCUGUUCGGCUACACUCGGAAGGAAAGGGUUUGUGGCUUUCUUACAGUGGCAGACAGUGGUCGCAGAAAGCCUUAGAAUAAGUAAUUAAAAUAGAGAUUAUUUUC